CUGAGCUGCGUUCUACACACCAGUGCAGCGCCCAGAGCUGAGAGCUGGGAGCUGGGCACCGGAGACAUGAACAAGAUCUUCCCCCAGGUGGGGACAGGCCACUUACAGGAAGGGCCAGAGGAGGGGGUCCCUGAGCCCCAGCACUGGCUGCUGCACCACCGGUUUCCCGCUCCCACAGCAGGCUGUGGCCCUUUCUGCUGCUCUCGCCGAGGCGCCUGCCUCUCGGCCUCCCUGCUGCUCCUGUUGGCAACUCUUGCGGCCCUGAUUGCCUUGAUCGCCAUUUUUGGAUCCCCACCACGUACACCAGCGGCCCAGGCCUGUGUAACGCUGACAAACAGGACAGGCUUCCUGUGCCGUGACCGGAGGAGCUGCAUCUCGGCCAGCGGGGUCUGUGAUGGUGUCCGCACCUGUCCCCACGGCGAGGACGAGGACGAGGACUUUUGCCGAGAUGUGCCCAAGAGUCUCCCUCAGUUCCUUGUGGCCCACUGUGGAGACCCAGCAUCCUGGAUCUACUCAGACCAAAGGUGUGAUGGAACCAACAACUGUGGGGACUGCUCGGAUGAACUGAUCCCAGUGACUGCGUGCCCACCCUGCGGCCCUGGGUGGUGGCGCUGCCCCUCAACUGUCUUCAAGUACUGUGGCUGUAUCCCGAGGAGCCUCUGCCGGGACCGUGUGCAGCACUGCUCUGACUGGUCCGACGAGUACUCCUGUCCUGGCCCCUAGCUGGGCACCCAGGCCGGAGCAGGAGGCUGGCUGAAUGGCGCUGAUGAGCCUCCACGUGAGCGUCGUGUUGAAGAACACGAGGGCAGGAAGGAGCCUUCGAGUUCAUCUAGUGAAACCUACACACUGUGGUCUCUGUGGAAAAAGAAUGGCCUCUCCUGCUUUCAAAAUGUUCAGCCUCUCCUUGAAUACCUCCAGUGACAGGGAGCUCAUUAACAAAGAUAAGGGAAAACUGCUCCCACGAUUUUAGGCCUGCUUCAGGGGCCACGCAGAGGAAAUUUGUUCCUCUGCUCUAAGACAGACUCUCAGAUCUUGACCUCAUUACCCCUUGGAGAAAAGACAAGUAAGUCUGGAGUCAAACAUCCAACCGAGGAAUUGAGCCCUUAUGUGGCGUGCAUACCGCUUCCUGUCUCUGUACCUAAGGCAGAUAGAUACUGCUGGGCUGGGCUAUAGCUUCAGCAUCUUUCUCGUCUCAGUAAUCAGGCCCUCUUGGCUGACCACAUGAAGUUUCACCUGCGGUGAGGCUUCAUCACCCUGCCGGGGGGAGCCCUCCAGGAGGCUCUGAGCUGUGGAGCAGAUGGUCUGGAGAAGGAGCAGCUCUUCCAUCCGUCCCACUCUCUACCCUGUGCCCGGUGCCCAGGCACUCCGCCCAGGUUUCUUGUAGUAGCGAUUGUCUUUUGACCCCAGAGCCUGAGUGAAUGAGUUGUUUCUCUCCAUACCUUUCCAGCUUUCCAGCCCCCAGACACACCAGGAUCGGUGCUCCCAUUAAGGAUAUGAGGGAGCUGAGGCCUGGAGGGAGAAAUGACUUGCCGAGGAUCAUACAGCAAAGUCAGUGCUGAAACCAGGAUCAAACAUAUUCUAGGGUGUCUCAACCCUAAAGCCUUACCUGCUACCGAUAUGAUUGUCUCUUGACUUGUGGGGGGAAGCGAGGCAUGCAGAGUCCCUGUGGGGUAUUUUUAAAAUUAGCUUCAGGGUCACAAAGUGAGACUUGGAAUCUGGCCAACAAAAGGGUUCCUACUGAGGGAGACAGACCUAUCCCCACUGCAGACUAAUGGAAUCAGUUUUGUGUACCAGUCUUGUGUGAGUUCUGGACUGAAAAUGGCCAUCUGGGAGACAGGUGAGCUCUGGUUCAUUCAUCACUUGAUGAAGAGUCUCUACGCACCUGCUCCGGGCCAAGCUAGGUGCUGGGCACCAGGAAAGGAAGAGACCUGAGUCCCAGCACCUGAGGAGGAUGGGGUCUCGUGGAGGAGGCACCUCCUAUCAUGGAAGGAUUGGGGGACAGCAGGAAACGCUAGGCUGAGGGUACUGAAGAGGGGCCUUUGGAAGCCAGGACUCAGUCACGGUCCUGACCCCAAUGAACUGAGGACCAGCUCUAGAACUGGUCCCUCAGAGAUUCUGCCCGAGGGACGGUCAGCCCCAGGCUCUGGCGCCUCUGGCUGAGUUUCCCUCCAACAGCAGCACAAGUGAGCAGCUGCGGGUACACUGGGGCAUCCUGCGUUCUGACCACUGAUCCAGAGGCGCCUCUUUCCCAGAGGAGGGGCCUUUGGGCUGGCUCUGGAGGGCAGGAGAACUUCUAGCGGGACAGGUGGAAGCGAAGGGCAUUCCCAGCUGAGGGGCCCUGUGAAUGAAGCCGCGGCUGUGUGACAGGCUGUGGCUCAGCCAGGGAAUGCCAGCAGGUCGGGGUUGCCACAACAUCAGUGGGGUGGGAGUGAGGAGGUGAGCAGGGAGAGGAUCCUGGAGGACACAGCAUGUCACACUUCAUCCUAAGGACAACAGCCGUAAGGCGUGGUAAACAAUGACACUCUCUGGAGCUACAGUGAUCUUUAAUUACAACAGUCCAAGAAGGAGAUGCCAGCACUUGGACCAAGUGAGCAGAGAAGAGGGGAAGGUCAAGGGCUACUCACUGGCAGAACACAUGGGCCAUAGGGACAUACUUAGUAGGCGUCAGGGGAUGAAGAGGAAGAUGGAGGGGGCCAGAGCCCUGAGAAGGGGCGCCUGGCCUCCCACUCCAGGCCAUGCCUUCUCCAACAGGACACCAGUCUCCAGGUAAAGAGAGUGCUGAGCUGGUCCCUGAGGAACAAGGAGCUCGUUCUGGCACUCAAAUGCCAACAUGCUUCUGAUGGCCUGAGCAUCAGCUGUUGCACACCAGGUUGCUGGGGAGAAACCAGCGGAACCUGAGCCUGUGUUUGCUCACACCAGUCCACCUCAGUGGUUGAAGAGGGGCCUCUGGGAGCCAGGACACAAUCAUGGUCCUGACUGUGAUGAACUGAGGACCAGCUCCUAGAACCAGUCACCUCAGGGAUUCUGCCCUGGGUUGGGGUUAGGUUUAGGGUUAGGGUUUGGGUUAGGGUUAGGGCUAGGUUAGGUCACUCUGCGGCAGGGAGAGUACCCACUUCUGGCAGGGAGUGGCAGUGCUGCGGUUGGGCUUCGUGGGAGAGAGGCAGGUGGGCCUUGGUGGUCAGCCAGUCCUAGGCUCCUUCAGUGGCCUGUGGCUCUUUGAAAACUCCCAGAGGCACCAGCCUCACUGUUGCACAUCGUUUUAGCCUCCCCUCCCAUCCAAGCCCAUGCACGGGCCCCUUGGGGUACAGAGCGUCAUUUUACAGGAUCGAGAAGCCACGGCUGAGACCUACUUGUCCAAAUCCACUCAGCGUGUCAGUAGCAGCGCAUGGACCACAAGCCAGGUUUCUUUCCUUUCUAAACUAUAAUGAAAUGUAUUGGCGUGGCAUGGGUUAGUAACAGUAUGUAAGUUUCAGGUGCACAGUUCUGUUAUACAGUAUCUAUACAUUGCCCUGUGUGCCACAGUCUAGUCAUCUUCGUCACCAAAUAUUUGACCGCCUUCACCCUCUUAAUCCUCCUCCCAUCCCUCUUCCCCUCUGGUAACCACUAUACUGUUGUCUGUGAGUAUGAGUUUAUUUGUUUGUUUUCUUUGUUUGUUUUCUAUCCUACCUGAGUGAAAUCACAUGGUCUUGCCCUCUCCAUCCCAUUUAUUUUGCUUAGCACGAUACUCUCAAGAUCUAACUUCUCACAAAUAUGAAGGCCAGGCGUCCAGGCACACACAUUAGCACUUGCUACAAACAAGGCGCUGUGCCGAGAGCUUUACGUCUCAUUCUCGCCACAAUGCUCUGAGGGAGAUGCUGUUUUUAUACGAAGCUUGGACAGCCAGGCAGCUUGUGGCAGGGCAUCUGACUGUGGGGCACAGAGCCAGGUGUCUGGGCACUUGGCCAGGGAAGUUGCUGUUUUAUGUUAUGUCUCAUGAGGUGUGGAAGCUUCUAGGGUUUAUGAUGCCUGAGCAGAGCCAUGAUGGAACCAGGUGGGGAACAGGACAGGGCAGUCCGGGUUGAGCAGUGUGAAGCAGCCCCCCAUGGCUGGAGUGUGAGGGUGAGUCUCAGAUUCUGGGCUCAGGGAGUGAACUUGGCUCAAGGCUGCAGGGAGCUGGCAGAGGAGUUCAGCAGGAAGAAGACACUGCAUUCCUCCUUCUGCGGAGGCACAGCAAAAAAGGAUCCCUCUGUACGUUAGGAAUAAGGAGGUCAUGGCUAGACUAUCUUGCAGGCUUCUGAAGAGGAAAAGGUGAGAGCUGGAAUGUGAAUGCCACUUGGAAACAACAAAGCUUGAAGCAGAAGAAAGGGGAGUGCCAAGUGUUGUGUUAAGUGAUUAAUAAAUAUCAAGAGCCAAUAUUUGGUGAGCAGUUAGUACAUGCCAAACACCAGUGCAAACUUUUGUGUGCCUUAUCUCCUGUAUCUCAUUUUCUCCACUCCUCACAACCUUUCCAGGAACCUGGUUUGUGUACUUCAUGUGCACUUCACAGAGGCAUGACGCUGCUUGCUUAAGAUCACACAACUUUUAGAGGACUCAACCAGGAUCAAACCUCAAUAGGCUUCAGUCCAGAACCCACCAUACCCCUCUUUAAUAUCUCACCCUUCCUGGGCCAGGACUCCCUAGAAGAGGAAGCUGGGGCCCUGGCCAGGGGGUGGCCGCCUGAAAACACAGGAGAUGAUUGGCAGCUAGCAGACCAGCAUUUGUUCUUUUCUUUUUUUUUAAGAGUUUAAUUACUUGGUGUCUUUUUUUUUUUAAAGAAAGAUUUUAUUUAUAUAUUUUUAGAGAGGGAAGGGAGGGAGAUAGAGAGAGAGAAACAUCAAUGUGCGGUUGCUGGGGGUUAUGGCCUGCAACCCAGGCAUGUAUCCCAGGCUGGGAAUUGAACCUGCGACACUUUGGUUUGCAGCCCGCGCUCUGUUCUUUUCUUAGUUAUUGGUUCUUCCUUUCAGAAAGAAGCAGAUGCCCUAGCAACCUCCCAAACAGCACUCCAUAAGCCAGGUCCAGAGAGACACACACCCAAUGGGGCCAGCCAGGGCUGUCCCAUGGCUCUCAUCAGCAGAGCAGGGGAUUUAAUGCCACAGGCUGCAGGGGAACCCAGGCAGCCAGCAUCAAUAUUUGCCCUCUCCCAGCAUCCUGGCCCAAGCUCCCAGAUCAGUACGUUAAGUACAACAGGCUCUUGCUGUACAAAUACACAGGGAUAGAUGGAUGGAAUUUAAAGUGGCUCAGCAUUCCCCCAGGGGUUGGGCUGGAAAUAUGGUCUGAUUUAACCCUCUGCCAAUGGUGUUUGCAUGAGACUCUGUUCCUCCUCAGACUCAUGAACUACAGAUAUUAAACAGCUUCCCGGAGAGAGAAGGGACCGGUCCAAAGCAGCACGGCUAGGUGGGUGCCGCUGGGAUGAUGAGGACCACUAAAGUCAAGGCAGAAGUGAUUUCUCUGAGUCCUUUAAAAAAAUGUUCUAAUUGAGAUACAAUUUCCAUACAGUUCAAUGAGUUUUUUACAACAGCUUUACUGAAGUAUAAUUGACAUACAACACUCUACACAUAUUUAAAAUAAAUACUGUCAUAGGUUUUGACACAUGUGUAUACCCAUGCAACUAUCUCAGUUAAGAGAAUGAAUAUAUCCAUCACUCUCCGGUGUCCUUCCAGCCUUUGUAAGCCUUGCUCUCACUCUCCUCAUCCUCACUGCCAUACACAGACAACCACAGAUGGAUGUUGUCAGUAGAGAUUCCUUCGUACUUCUACAGAAUGUUACAUAAAGGGAAUCAUACAUGUAUGCUCUUUUCAUCUGUCUGGCUUCUUUCACUCAGGAUAACUAUUAGAUUUAUCUGUGUCGUAGCAUGCCCAAUAGUUAUUCUUUCUAUUUUUCAGUAGUAUUCUGUUGUAUGGGUACACUUGUGCAUU